GACCAUCCAAAUCUGCAUUAUUGUGUCUGUCAGAUGCAAUAUAGCAAGGACUCCUGUUAUGACCUAGCAUUCCUCAUCCCACUCAGUUUGAAAGUAUCCGAUCCCCUUCCGGUCCCAUUUCUUGUGUACUGCAAGUCCCGGGCUGAUGCUGAACGGAGUGCCAGCUUCCUGAGGUCACGACUAUGUGCAUCCCUCAGAGAGAAAAUCAUUUGGGUGCAUUCUGGGAUGUCAGAUGUGUCAGAGACCAGAUUCGAGACGAAGGAAUGUCUCCGUAAUGGA